UGUUCCUUACUCCUUCCCAGCUUUGACUAAGAAUCAGUAGUUCCAGGAUGUAGUGUGACAGGGGUGAGUGAGGGUCCGCAGCGGUAUAGAGACUAUAGUUAACUGGAGCUUGAAAUGCCGGUUCCCAGCCAGGUCAAAGCCUGUCCAGCGAGUUGCCGGAGUUUGGAGUCCAUCGCGAGCUUGGCCUCGGAUUGGAUAGGGCGGUGCAUGCCGGGAGCGGUUUGGCCUUUGAAAGGUUUGCUGGGAGUUGUAGUUCUUGGAGCCGGAAGUGGGGGUGGCAGGGAUAGAAACCGCAGCUGAGACAGCAGACGCUGACGCUGCUGCCACUCGGGUGUAGCGCAUCACCCCGAGCCCACUAGCUUAAGGUUUCUCCUCUGUCCCCGGGGAGCUCCGGGAGCCCUGAGGGGCGAAGCAACAGAGACGCCUCUCUUCAGCGGGAGGCGGCCUCGCAGCCCCGGAUGCGGCUGGAGGGCGCGGGAAUGGACCUUGGCGGCUGCGAGGAGCGCCUGCCGGAGGAGAGCAGGAGGGAGCACUGGCAGUUGCUGGGAAAUUUGAAAACUACUGUGGAGGGUUUGGUGUCAACCAACAGCCCGAACGUCUGGUCCAAGUAUGGUGGCCUGGAGAGGCUUUGCAGGGACAUGCAGAGCAUUCUCUAUCAUGGACUCAUCCAUGACCAGGUGUGCUGCCGCCAGACUGAUUACUGGCAAUUUGUGAAAGACAUCCGGUGGCUCAGUCCCCAUUCAGCUCUUCAUGUGGAGAAGUUCAUCAACUUACAUGAGAAUGGCCAGAGCAGUGCUGAUGGUGUGAGUGAGCGUGCCGUUGCAGAGUUGUGGCUGCAGCACAGCUUGCAGUGCCACUGCCUCUCAGCCCAGCUCCGACCUCUGCUCGAGGAUAGACAGUAUAUCAGAAAAUUCUACACAGAUACUGCUUUCCUGCUAAGUGACGCCCACGUCACGGCCAUGCUCCAAUGCCUAGAAGCAGUGGAACAGAACAACCCCCACCUCCUGGCUCAAAUUGAUGCGUCUAUGUUCGCCAGAAAGCACGAGAGCCCGCUAUUGGUGACAAAGAGCCAGAGCCUGACAGCUCUGCCUGGUUCCACAUACACCCCUCCAACCAGCUAUGCUCAGCAUUCCUACUUUGGGUCCUUCUCUAGCCUGCACCAAUCCGUGCCCUACAACAGCUCGGAGAGAAGAUCUAAUUCCUUUUCACUCUCUGGCCCUCCACGGAAACCUCAAGAAAGCAGAGGGCACAUCUCACCAGCAGAGGAUCGAACUGUCCAAGCCCCCCUGCUUUCAGUCUCUGCACUAGCCAGGGAUUCUCCUUCAACCCCAAAUGAGAUGAGCUCUAGCACUCUAACCAGCCCCAUAGAGGCAUCCUGGGUCAGCAGCCAAAAUGAUUCCCCAAGUGAUGCCAGUGAGGGGCCUGAGUACCUGGCCAUCGGCAACCUGGACCCCCGAGGCCGGACUGCCAGCUGUCAAAGUCACAGCAGCAAUGCCGAGAGCAGCAGCUCCAAUUUGUUCUCCUCCAGCAGCUCCCAGAAGCCAGAUUCUGUUGCUUCUUCCUUAGGAGACCAGGAGGGAGGUAGGGAGAGCCAGCUAUCCAGUGUCCUUCGCAGGUCCAGCUUCUCAGAGGGGCAGACACUCACUGUCACCAGUGGGACGAAGAAGAGCCAUAUUCGCUCCCAUUCAGAUACCAACAUCGCUUCCAAAGGAGCCCCAGGAGGCCCCCGGAAUAUCACCAUUAUAGUUGAAGACCCCAUUGCAGGUUUGGGAGUUGGUCUUCCACCUCCUCUUCCUUCUGCUCCUCUACUGUUUUCUAAAUUGCAACUUCUUUGGUACUCUUUCCCCCAGGAGAAUGCCCAUUUCAGCAUCUCAGAGUCCUUAAUUGCUGCCAUUGAGCUAAUGAAAUGCAAUAUGAUGAGCCAGUGCCUAGAAGAGGAGGAAGUAGAGGAGGAAGACAGUGAUAGAGAAAUCCAGGAACUGAAGCAGAAGAUCCGCCUCCGGCGCCAACAGAUCCGAACCAAGAAUAUGUUCCCCAUAUACCAGGAGACUGAGCAUGGAAGCUUUCGGGUUACCUCCAGCAGCUCCCAGUUCAGUUCACGUGAUUCAGCACAGUUCUCUGAUUCUGGCUCUGCUGAUGAGGUUGAUGAAUUAGAAAUCCACGAUGCUGACAUCAGAAGGAGCACAGCCUCAAGCAGCAAAUCCUUCAUUUCUUCUCAGUCCUUCUCCCAUUGCUUCAUGCACUCCACAUCUGCUGAGGCAGUGGCCAUGGGGCUCCUGAAGCAGUUUGAGGGGAUGCAGCUUCCAGCUGCCUCGGAGCUGGAGUGGCUAGUCCCAGAGCAUGAUGCUCCUCAGAAGCUUCUGCCCAUCCCUGACUCAUUGCCCAUCUCACCGGAUGAUGGGCAGCAUGCUGACAUCUACAAGCUGCGUAUCCGUGUUCGUGGCAACCUGGAGUGGGCCCCACCACGGCCUCAGAUAAUUUUUAAUGUUCAUCCAGCCCCAACGAGGAAAAUUGCUGUGGCCAAGCAGAAUUACCGCUGUGCGGGAUGUGGCAUCCGGACUGACCCUGAUUAUAUCAAGCGGCUGCGGUACUGUGAGUAUUUGGGCAAGUACUUCUGUCAGUGCUGCCAUGAGAAUGCCCAGAUGGUCAUCCCCAGCCGGAUUCUGCGCAAGUGGGACUUCAGCAAGUACUAUGUCAGCAAUUUCUCCAAGGACCUGCUCAUUAAGAUCUGGAAUGAUCCUCUCUUCAAUGUGCAGGACAUCAACACCGCCCUCUAUAGGAAGGUCAAGCUGCUUAAUCAAGUCCGACUGCUGCGGGUCCAGCUGUAUCACAUGAAGAACAUGUUCAAGACAUGCCGGCUGGCCAAAGAGCUUCUGGAUUCCUUUGACACAGUCCCAGGCCACCUGACGGAAGAUCUCCACCUGUACUCACUGAAUGACCUGACUGCAACCAGGAAGGGGGAGCUGGGGCCCCGGCUUGCUGAGCUCACCAGGGCAGGGGCUGCCCACGUAGAACGGUGCAUGCUCUGCCAAGCCAAGGGCUUCAUCUGUGAGUUCUGUCAGAAUGAGGAAGACGUCAUCUUUCCUUUUGAGCUCCAUAAGUGCCGGACCUGCGAAGAGUGCAAAGCGUGUUACCAUAAAGCUUGCUUCAAGUCUGGAAGCUGUCCCCGGUGUGAGCGGCUGCAGGCCCGACGGGAGUUGCUGGCCAAGCAAAGCUUGGAGUCCUACAUGUCAGACUAUGAGGAGGAACCCACUGAAGCCUUGGCCCUAGAAGCCACCAUCCUGGAGACUACCUGAAGAAAGCACAUUAGGCCCUCUACCUAGAGGCUGAGGUCAUACGUAAUGCGGAACUGAGCCACCGCUUUUAAGGACUUUCCCCACUUGGGGCUCUUUUGUUUUUUUUAUUAUCAUCAUUAUUAUUUUUUAUGUCUUGUCUGAUGUCUGUGUGUCGUCAGCCUUUGAUAGGUUGAUGGGGUCCAGCCUGUUACAGAUGAAUUGUAAGCACCAGGUAUUUCCAUCAGAACUGACAUGUAGGUUCUUACGUGAAGCUUUCUCUGUCAGGGGAAUGGACAGCAAGACCCAGUUCUUCUGACAUACAUGGCCUUCUCUACUAGGACCAGAUCUGGUUUCAGCCAUAUCUCAAGUGUCACUUCAAGUUUUAUUUUGUUUUAGUUCUAGAGCUUCUGAGCCAGACCUUUCUUAACCAACUCUCUUCUUUGCUGCUAAAACAGGGAGAUGGAGUUUUCUCUCUUCUAAUCCUGAAACAGGGUCAGACUCUGCCCUAAUGAGGAGAAGCAGCAGAGAAUGGGACUGCAUCAUGGGCAUUCUUUCCAACUUAUUUCAGUAUUUUGGGGGCCAUAAAAACAGAAUCAUUACUAUCCUAGAAUCCUCAGAGACCUCAGAGAGGCAUCCAUAACUUCUCUGGUUGAAACAUUCUAGGCAUAGAUGAUCUGACUUUCUUUGUCUACUCCAGUGUGCUUGAAGCAAAAAACAGAACUUACACUUAGGCGAAGCCCAUUUGUAGCCUUAUGCCACAAGCAUAAUUGAGGCCAUGACUCUGUUGCUUAAGGAGCAUUUAGUCAGUUAUAGGAGCUAUUGGCCUCCUCUUAGGUGUUAAACUCUCUUUUAACCUAGUUCUUUGGUAAAAGUAUGCUCUUUCAAGCUUAGGCAAGUCCCUAAUGCCAUGCUAAGGUGAGGACAGAAAUCCCCACACACCAUCUUAGUGGGUCCCUUCCUACCCUGUCCUCUGUUAGAUGAUCAUUUAUAGUUCUGAGCCCAAGUAUGGCCCAACUCCUUUCUCUCUCUCCCUCGUGCAACAGAGCUAGGACCUUCCUUGGUGGCUGAGUGUCUCUUGCCUUAGUUUCUUUUGUCAAAGUUGGGGGGAAAGCUUCCUGCUAUUUAGUGGUGUUAUAAAACUUGACAGUUUGUGAAUGCGUGUGAAUGUUUUUGUGUUCUUGGGAUAACAAGAGCCUUUAUGCCAAUUAUGCACUUAACUCUUUAUCUAGCUUGAUAAUAUUUACAUGUUCAGUCAUCCUUUUCAUAUUACUGAUUUUAGCGUUACCCCCAUCCCAACCACCUUUUUAAUGUGUGUUUCGAGGGGAAGAGUUCCUGGAUGGGACCGUGAACAUGUCUUUGGUGAUCUUUUAAGUUGCUCUAGAUUUUCUAACCUUUAUGAAAAACACUGGUCAGGGUUGUUCUCCAACAGCUGGCAGCUCUGUGAACUAAAUCUCACACCAUUUUUGUUCUGAGACUGACUUCUUCCUGUGUACCUGUCUUCCCAUAGUUGGUCGUGAGUAGAAAAAAGUUGGCCUGGGUGCUGCCCCAGGAAGCUGAACAGGAAGUUGCACAUGGUUGGUGGAAGCUGAUGAGUACCUGAGUGGCAGGUUACAAGGAGUCUCACAAGGAAGUAGAAGGGGCAUUAAGGUGAUGUCCAAACUGAGGCUCCAGCAGAGCAAGAGGGAACAUGUAGCAGUUGGCCUAUGGUGUUGGUUCCUCUGCCUUAAAUCUGGGAUCUGAAGGCUGGAAGACCCUGAGGCUAUUCACUCUUCAGUUCAUGGUGAAGCUGUAGAAGCCAAGGCCCAGCCCACUUUUUUGAAAGCUAACUAGGAACUCCCUUGUCCUUCAAGGAGCUUUGGAAAUGACCCCACAAAACUCAAGUCUCAUUAAGGGUUAGGCCCAAGAUUAAAACCUGACUUAUAAAAAUGGUGAGCCUACUUCCAGUUUUGUUUUAAAUUACAAAUCCAGUCCUUACUCCAAGUUACUACACUGGAAAGAGAUGUACUCUCUUGUUCUGCCUGUUUCAUAUGAACAUAGGAUGAAAAGAUGACAAAUGCUGACAAAUGCUGAGUUCCUAAAGCUGAACUCAACAGCCUUAUGAGCUCCUGAUUUUCACUUAUUUUUCUUCACCUCCCCCAUCCUAUCCCCUUAGAUUGUGUACCUGUUUUAGUGACCCUGAUCACUUUCCAAACACCCAUUUAUUUAUUUAUUAGAGAGGGGAGGAGAGAGGGCAGAGGAUGGAAUAUUUUGAAAGCACUUUGCAAUUUAUCAGUAUCUCAAAAUCCCCUGCUGUUGUGGGGAAAUUUGAAUGCACUGAAGAGAGUUCCUUCUAAAUGAAAUGGGAGGGAAGUGUUAUUUUCUGUAAAUAACCAGUUUGCUUCCGAGGCAGAGACAAGAUUCAAGACAUAGCAGAAGGGUGGAAGGUAAAUAUUUUCCACUUAAAUGAGGCUGUUAUUGACUUUCUCUGCCAAAGCUUUAGUGUUUCUGUUGAAUUAACAUAAAAAGAGCAAGAAUCUAAACAGAGAUGUUCCUUGUGUGUACAACUUGUGUUUUGAACUGGAUUUCCACUUGCUGUAGUUCUCGCACAGCCUAACAGUUCAUUGUCAUCUUUAAUAAACUAAGGAAAUGAAAUUC